UCACAUGUUUUACAAACUGUAAUAUAAUUUUAAUUUACUGCCUUGUAUUCUUUCAUCAAGGUUUUAAUUAUCAUGUGUAAAUUUUGGAAUGAUGGUGUUCUAGGAUGCGGGGGAUUUGAGCCUUGUACUAGUACAUGUAGAACUCUUCUUCAGCUAUGGCUUUUAUUGAAGCUGUGACACAGCCAAAGGAAAGAUUCUCCUUGUUGCUGCUGGAUCCUGGAGAAAUCUAUUUUGAGGAUUUCAGUGUGUUUUACUAUCCACCAUCACCAUCUGAAGACGAGGCAAUUAAAAGGAAGCAGAAGGGGAGGCUUAAGAUAUGCUCCAAGUCAGUUUUAUUUGAUCCAUCUGACAUACAGUAUCCUAUACUUAGGUUUCCACUCAGAGAUGUUGUGAAAGUGGAAAGUUAUGAUCCCCAGUCUCUGUUCUCAAGAUUGGAUUCUAAGAACAAAGUACUACAGAUAGUCAGCAAUGCUGUAAUUGGAAUGAAGGAAGGAAAUGUUAUAGAACCAUUUGAUUUUAAAAGGGAAAAAUCAGUGAAGCACAUGUUCUCCUUGAACUAUAAUACAGUUGAUAGUUGUGUCCCUCUGAUGUGUCAGUUGCACCGGGCCUCCACAUUGUCCCUGGCAGACCAAAGUAAUAUGAUCAGGGCUAUAGUUUUAUCCAGACAAUCAAGAGUCAAAUUCAAUACAAGUUGGCUGGAAGAUAUCUAUGAAAAAAUAAUCUUAGAGAGCCAGGGUGACCACAUCACACCCCUGGUCACCAACCCUGGCAGAAUUAUGCUGACCUGCAGUAGGCUCUAUUUCCAGCCAUUUAACAAUGUGGACCCUAAUCCAGUGACAAAAAUAAAGCUGUCUGCUAUCAAGAGGGUCAUUAAAAGGCGUUUUUUGCUUCAACAAGUGGGUUUGGAGAUUUAUCAUGGGUAUGAUGAUGCUUGCCUAUACUUAGCCAUGAAGACAGAAGAAGAAAGAAACAUACUGUACAAUGAACUGGUGAAGCAAACUGAUGUCCACCUAGAGGAUAUGGGGACAGCCAGUAUGACCUUGAAAUGGCAGAAUGGGGUCAUAUCCAACUUUGAUUAUCUUUUAUAUCUGAACACAAUGGCAGAUCGCAGUAUAAAUGACCUGACACAGUACCCUGUGUUCCCCUGGGUCAUAGCUGACUACACAAGUCCUGUGUUAGACCUAGAAAGUCCAUCCACAUUCCGUGAUUUAAGCAAACCAAUAGGGGCCCUCAAUCAAGAGAGAUUGGCCAGCUUGAAGGAAAGAGCAGCUGAGAUGCCUGGCCCCAAGUUUUUGUAUGGUUCUCACUAUUCCACUCCAGGAUAUGUGCUUUUUUACCUGUCAAGAGUUGCUCCAGAUUACGUACUUUGUUUGCAGAAUGGAAGGUUUGACCAUCCUGAUAGAAUGUUUAACAGUGUGGCAGAAACAUGGAAUAACUGUCUAAACAGUGCAACAGACUUCAAAGAAUUAAUUCUUGAGUUCUACCAGCCGCAGUACAGAGAUUUCCUAACCAAUGCCAAUGCAAUAAACUUUGGAAUUAAGCAAGACGGUCGAUCUGUGGCAGCAGUUGAGUUACCACCAUGGGCCAAAGACCCUCAUGACUUCAUCAGCAAGAACAGAGAGGCAUUAGAAUGUGACUAUGUUUCAAAGAACUUACAUCACUGGAUAGACCUAAUAUUUGGAUAUAAACAGUGUGGAAAGGAAGCAGAUGAGGCAGACAACUUAUUUUACUACUUGACAUACGAAGGCGCAGUUGAUUUAGAGAGCAUAAAAGAUCCCAAUGAGCGUGCCUCCCUAGAGGUUCAGAUUAUGGAGUUUGGACAGACUCCAAAACAACUGUUCACCAGCCCUCAUCCACAGAGGUUCAGCAAGGUGGCAGCACCAGUCCUGGAGACAGGACAGGCUACAGGGGAUUCCAGUCUGCUGCCAGCAGAGGAACCUGUUUCCCAAAGCUCACCCAAAAUUGAAGUUCCAAUCUUUUUAGAAACUAUGGCAAAUGCAUCAGAUAUGGAUGACAUUUCAAUUGAAAAAAAGUGGAAAUCACUGGAAAAGAAUAUGCCAUACUUGGAACAUAGGUUACACAAAGAAGCCAUAACAGAUGUGAAGUUUUCUGCAGAUCUCAAAAGUGUUUUCUCAGUUUCACAAGAUACAAUGCUCAAAAUGUACAGCCUUGAAGAUCAGAGUCAGCUUAGAAGUGUCAAUAUGUCAACUAUGGCUCUGUCUUGCUGCUUCGUUAUGCCAAAUGGAAAGACAAUCAUAGUUGGAUGCUGGGACAACAAUAUCUACCUUUACAGUGUAGAGUAUGGAAGAGUGGUGGGCACAGCUCUGGCACACGAUGAUGCAGUGUCAGCAAUACAGUGGCAGAAUGACACAUUGCUGUCAGCUUCAUGGGAUUCCACUGUCAAGGUUUGGCAUUGCCCACUCCAGACUCAGAAUGCCGGCUCUAGUAAUCCAGAACUUAUGGGUGAACUAGACCAUGACAGUGGAGUGUCUUGCCUACACUGCAAUCCUGUAGAUGUCAGCACUGUGGUGUGUGGUACACAAGAGGGAGGAUUGUUCAUAUGGGACACCAGUUCUUGUUAUGUGGUCAGUCAGCACCAAGUCCACACUGGGGCAGUAGGAACAGCACAGUUCAGCUCUGAUGGUUUAAGAGUGAUAUCCUGCGGAGAUGACAACUUUCUCAAUAUUCUGGAUGUUCAGACAGGGACCAGUAUAUUCUCUAUGCACAUGGACAGCAAAAUAAGGUGCUUGUGUUGGAAUGGCAGUAUUCUUUUAAUGGGAGAUGAAAUGGGGACACUGAGUUUAUGGGACAUGAACAAAGUGUAUUUGAUAAAUAAGUGGGACAAGGUUCAUGAAGGUGCAGUGACAUGUGUGGACAUCAGUGAAGAUGGUCAAGUUGUUUCUGGGGGAGAGGACAGGAAAGUGCUAGUUUGGAGACCUAAAUAAUAACUGAGUAUAUUAAAAGAUGUUGAGAAGAGUUUUUUUAUGGGCAGGAUAAUUUUGCAAAGAAGAUGAUGAAGAUGAGGAGAGAGUUUGAGCGAAGUUUCCCAACUUGAGAUGCAGUAGCAGGCAUGGCAUAUCGUUUGGAAGGAAUAAAAAUAGGCUUUGAUAGAUAUUCUCUCAAGUUGUCAUUAGAUUUUUAGAAAUAAGUUAUUUCAUGAGUGAAGAACAAAAGAAGACAGAACAGGACUCUGUUUCAUAAAAAAAACAAUUGUUAUGGGAUAGUGUUACACCGGUAAAAAUUGUGUGGACCACUGUGUUAGGUCAACUUUGCAAUAUCUUUCAGAGAGUAUUUUACAGAUGAUUGUCCCGAAAUUAAUGUGGUUUGACAUACCUACACUGUACAUACAUGAAGGCUGUUGGCAUUGCUGAGAGUGACACUUGUUAUCAAUAGCUUUAGCAUAUUAGUUUAAAAAGACAAAAGAAAAGGGGACUUUUGAGAUUCUUUGUGAAAGGCAACUAUGAAUUUUGUCUUUACCUGGCAUUGACUUAAGUCAUUUUGUGACACAGGCCCCUGGGCUGUAUUAGUAACUGCUGAACUUAUCACUGUAAAAGAAUGGGAUGGCCACUGCAUGGGAAAAGAUAGCAUUAGGCAGCUUCUCUCAUAUGUAUCACUCUAAUAGUGAUGCCAAAAAGAGAAAAGAAACUUAAUUGUUAUAAAUAUAUCA